AUGGAUAAUAUAAUGCAAUCGUGUAUGCCACCGGGAUUUCGAUUUCAUCCAACAGAGGAAGAGCUCGUGGGUUAUUACCUAGAGAGGAAGAUCAAUUCAAUGAAGAGUGCUUUAGAUGUCAUUGUAGAGAUUGAUCUCUACAAAAUGGAGCCGUGGGAUAUACAAGCGAGGUGCAAACUAGGGUAUGAAGAGCAAAACGAGUGGUACUUCUUUAGCCACAAGGAUAGGAAGUACCCGACCGGGACUAGGACCAAUAGAGCCACCGCGGCCGGGUUCUGGAAAGCCACUGGUAGAGACAAGGCGGUGCUUUCAAAGAACAAUGUCAUAGGAAUGCGAAAGACACUUGUCUACUACAAGGGCCGUGCUCCCAAUGGAAGAAAAUCCGAUUGGAUCAUGCACGAAUACCGCCUUCAAAACUCUGAGCUAGCCCCGGUUCAGGAAGAAGGUUGGGUGGUGUGCCGAGCAUUCAGGAAGCCGAUUCCAAACCAAAGGCCAUUAGGGUACGAGCCAUGGCAGAACCAGCUCUACCACGUUGAUAGUAGUAACAACUACUCAUCUUCAGCGACAAUGAACACGAGUCAUCAUAUCGGUGCAUCUUCAUCGAGUCAUAACCUUAACCAAAUGCUCAUGAGCAAUAAUCACUACAAUACUAAUAAUGUAUCCUCAUCGGUGCAUCAAUAUGGCAAUAUCGAGCUCCCGCAGCUCGACAGCCCGAGCUUGUCGCCGAGUCUAGGGACAAAUAAAGAUCAGAACGAGAGUUUCGAGCAAGAAGAAGAUAAGAGCUUCAACUGUGUGGACUGGAGAACACUAGAUAAUUUGCUUGAGACACAAGUCACGCAUCCACAAAACCCUAAUGUUCUUAUGUCUUCGUUCGAAACGCAGUCGUAUAAUCCGGUUCAGAGCUUCCCUUCCUUACAUCAAAACUAUAAUGAGGUCGAAGCUAACUUUCAUCAUUCUCUUGGAUGUUUCCCUGACUCGUAA